AUGUCUGCCAAGGAGGUGAGAGCAUUUAGUGCACCUGGUAAGGCGCUUAUUGCUGGUGGGUAUCUAGUUUUGAAUGCAGAAUACAAAUCUUUUGUUGUAGCGCUUUCAGCGCGUAUGCACGCGAUGGUUUCCUGUCAACAGAGGCCCGACAUAGAAGGCGUGUAUGUCAAGGUUACAAGCACCCAAUUCAACGAUGAUGAAUGGAAUUAUAGACUGAAAAAGAAGAAUGGGUACGUCCCGCUGGAAAUCAACGAUCUCACGAACCCAUUUGUUGAACAAGUUAUCUUUAACGUAUUCAAUUACUUUUUCCCGGAGGAGGUUCCGUUCAAUUAUAUCGUCAUCCAGACGUUUUCAGAUGCAGAAUAUCACUCCGCAGAAGGUACGGUUCAAAAGGUUAACGAGUUCAAAGAAUUCAACUUCCAUAAGAAAGAUAUUCAAGACGUACCGAAAACAGGGCUGGGAUCAUCAGCCAGUUUAACCACGGUUCUGACCACAUGUCUGUGCGCAAACUUGAUGGCCGAUUUGGAUGUUAAGAACCAAGACCAUUUACACAUGAUCCAUAAUCUUGCACAAGUGGCGCAUUGCCAAGCUCAAGGUAAAAUCGGUAGUGGGUUUGAUAUUGCAGCUGCCACGUACGGCUCAAUCGUAUACAGGAGAUUUCCUCCCGCACUCAUUGCCGAUCUACCCACCAUGGAUUUGGUAUACGUUCGUCAGUAUCAUAACGCCUUGAAAGGAUUGAUUGAUAGAGCUGAUUGGAAUAUAUUUGUUCAAGGGAUCACAUUGCCUCCUGGAUUGAAAUUGGUAAUGGGGGACGUUCGUUCAGGGUCAUCUACUGUGAAAUUGGUUGCCACGGUGCAGAAAUGGUACGACAAUAACUUACCAAGAAGUUUUGACGUCUUCGAGGAAAUCAACAAGUGCAAUAAUAGAGUCAUUGAUUCUGUAACCCAACUAACUGAACUGAGCAGUACAGACCCGGAGCGGUAUAAUAGUAUUCUGGCUAGCAUAAAUUUGUCUCCAAAAGCUGAUCAGAAAUCCAUACCAGAGAUUACAGAACUUGAACACGCAGUUUUGAAGAUCAGAGAACUCUUCAGAGCAAUUACUAAGGAAUCAGGGGCCGAUAUUGAACCAGAAACCCAAACUACACUGUUAGACAAGUGUCUUAAGUUCCCUGGUGUUAUUUCCGGUGUUGUUCCAGGUGCUGGAGGUCAUGAUGCUAUCGCCCUUUUGACCACAGAAGGUACAGACAUGGCUGAGUUAACCAAGGGAAAUCCUGAUUUUGAAGCAGUUUCGUGGUUGAAAGUUACGCAAGCAAAAACAGGUGUCAGAGAGGAAGAUCCUCGUCAUUACGAGAAUCUUCAUUUAAAGUAA